UUGGUUGUUUUUUGUUGGGUUAUUUUUUUGUUUUUUUGUUUCUUGAAUUUCUCCAAUAAUCUUUUGAGAUAGUUUUACGGGUCUCUUUGUUCCCCAAUGAUUUUCUCCCACCAUUUUUGUCCAUCUUCCAUUACAAGAGAAUGCCAUCGCCAUUGUGGGUCCAUUAAUUUCUUCCAUUGAUGAGUGAUUUCAACAGAAAUCUAUUGGGAGGGAAAUGGGGUUUCUUGAUUCUUUGCUGGGAAGAGAUUCAAGGAAGUUUAUCAAACGCAAAGACAGCGAUGCAGGAGAAGCAGGCCGAGCGCUCGAAGAAAUUAGAGGCUCGCUCUACAAUGAACUACGAACCUCGGACGGCGCCAAACGCCAACAGCAACGAUAUUGCGGACCUGUUGUGGCAAUGACAUUCAAUUUCAUGGUUGCUGUUGGGAUUAUAAUGGCAAACAAAUUAGUGAUGGGAAGAGUUGGAUUUAACUUCCCAAUAUUUCUCACAUUAAUCCAUUAUACCGUUGCUUGGUUUCUACUAGCAAUUUUCAAGGCACUCUCUUUGCUUCCUGUUUCUCCUCCUACCAAAACCACUCCCUUCUCUUCUAUUUUCUCUUUAGGUGCUGUCAUGGCUUUUGCUUCAGGUCUUGCCAAUACUAGUCUGAAGCAUAACAGGUUUCCCGCUCGGAUUUCUUUUUACCAGAUGGCUAAAAUUGCUGUAACUCCCACCAUUGUUUUUUCAGAGUUCGUACUCUUCAAGAAAACCAUUUCUUUUAAAAAGGUUUUGGCUUUGUUUGUCGUCUCCGUGGGCGUGGCAGUAGCAACCGUAACGGAUUUAGAGUUCAACCUAUUCGGUGCUUUGAUUGCGAUUGCUUGGAUAGUCCCAAGUGCCAUAAACAAAAUCCUAUGGUCCAAUCUGCAACAGAAGGCGAGUUGGACCGCCUUAGCGUUGAUGUGGAAAACUACUCCAAUUACAAUAUUUUUCUUACUUGCUCUCAUGCCAUGGCUGGAUCCACCAGGAGUUCUCCUCUUUAACUGGGAUCUCAGCAGUUCAACUGCAAUUUUGAUAUCUGCUCUGCUUGGCUUUCUCUUGCAAUGGUCUGGAGCAUUGGCACUUGGUGCAACCUCUGCAACAUCUCAUGUUGUUCUGGGACAGUUCAAGACCUGUGUGAUUCUUCUGGGAGGCUAUUUUGUUUUCAGCUCUGAUCCCGGGUUCUUGAGCAUUUGUGGCGCGGUCACGGCGCUCGGGGGAAUGUCUGUGUACACAUCUCUUAAUCUGCAGCAGCAACACGACAAGCAGCAACUUCCGAAACACAACGUGCCCCUGCCGAAACCCGAAAACAGCGUUCCAGAAGAUGCUGCAAAGUCAGAAGUACAAAUUCCUGUUGUUGCUGUGUAAAUAUUUUGAAUGAACCACUUGAGGAACAAGCAUGAGUUCUAAAGGGAUUUUUUUUUUUUAAAUUUUUUUUAGUGUGUUUGAUGGUAGAGUGAUCUAUUAUUCUCAAAUCAAUCAACCAAGCAAAUAUAUUUUUCUUAUAACACUCAACAGUUUUACAGAGAUAUAUGCAUAGU